GCACAUUGAUUGGAUAUAAAUAUUGACUUUUCUAGAAAUGUUGUGCUCAAAUUGAAGUAAAUGAUAUAACUAGAGUGAUACUUUUGCAGUACGGUAAAUGUACUUGAGGAUUGCGCCAGCCAUUUGCCGACGAUUUCAUCAUGUCGAAAGGAGCAUGCAUUGGCAAGGGUGUAUACACCAACGUCGACGCACUCCUGGAUGCGUUCCAUCAAGGAGCCGCUGAAGCCAAUCUCCAGCAGUACUUUGGAUGCUUUCAUCCCGACGGGCGAUUUCUCGGUACCGACGCCACGGAGAACUGGCACGUGAACGCGUUCUUCGACUGGAGUUUGCCCCAUUUCAAAGCUGGCGAAGGGUGGAUAUUCCGUCCCAUCAGGGGUUCUCGGAAGGUCACGUAUUACCCCAACGAAUCGACCCCGUCGUUUUGCGCGUUCGACGAGCUCGUGGAAAGCCAGCAAUUCGUGGCGACGUCGCGCGGGUCUGGCUCCCUUGUGUUCGACAGUGACAAGCGAACAUGGCUUGUAGCCCAGUACCACCUGUCGUUUCCCAUUCCGAACGACUUGGCCGUGCACAUCACGAAGAAGAUCUCGCUCUUUGAGUCGUCCACGAAGCAAGAGACUGCCGCCGCCGAAGCAGCUCGUCAGUUGAUGGACGAAUGGGAUUUGGAGGACAAGAAGGCAGCCCCCGCCCCAGGCAGAAAGAAGAAAGGCGGCGGCAAGUCGAAGAAAUAACUACGUGGUGUUGACUUUGUUAUAUGAACAUCGCUGAAGCGAUUCAACCAACGAACGAGAAUGAUACAUAGUUAGUUCCUCAUAGAACUGCACGUACUAACAGUUA